AUGGCGGGACAGAAACGAGCUCGAUCUAACGACGGUCCGAGCGGCUCGAAGCCUGCCGGAAACGGCGGCGGGCCUUCGGCUACCGUCUAUCGCAAAUCAGCAAAGAAGCAACGAUCCGAUCAGCAGCAAGAAUCAGCAAAACCCGUCAAGAAGCCAGUACCGCAACGCACACGACCCAAAGACGAGCCCAAACCCAAGACAAAGCACGAGUUCAUCCAGGCAAAGAAGGCUGCUGCUAUCAAAGAGAAGGAGGCCGCUGUCGCAGCUCGAUGUGCCGAAGAAGCUGCUGAAAAGCAAAUGCGCAAGAGGCAGGCUGAGCAACAGAAGGGCAAAGGUGCUUCUUCUAAAGGUGCGGCCCAACCAUCGACUAUCUUGGUCAAGCCACCGCAGCCGACUUGUACUUUCAAGAUCGUCGCCGGGUCGUACGAGCGACUUUUAUACGGACUCGAGGCGACAGUGCAGGCAAGCACGGAGAGCGGCAGCGAUGCUGCGGAGGCCUCUUCUUCCAGAUCCGCUUCGUCCUCUUUCAAUGUUUCACUCAGACCCAUCUUCACCUUUCCAGCACACAUCUCAUCUAUUCGCACUGUCGCUACAGCAGGUGCAGACUCAAAGUGGCUCGCUACGGGUGGCACUGAUGAGAUCGUCAAGCUGUGGGAUUUGCGAAAGCAGCGAGAAGUCGGUCAGCUCACAGGGCACCAAGGCACCAUUACUUCUCUCGUCUUUGCAUCUCGUACCUACCUUUUGACCACCAGCGCUGACUCGAAUAUCAACCUCUAUCGCACACGAGAUUGGGCACUUGUCAGGACGCUCAAGGGUCACAUCGGACGCAUCAAUAGCGCAUCACCGCAUCCCACGGGUCGAUUGGCAUUGAGUGUGGGAAGCGACCGCACAAUCCGCAUGUGGGAUUUGAUGCGAGGACAAGCAGCUGCUUCGACUCGAAUCGGUAUCGAGGCGGAUCUGGUUCGAUGGGACACAACUGGCUCGCGCUUUGUCGUGCUUGCCUACAGACAAGCGAUGAUGUUUAGGACCGACAUGACCAAGAUUGCCGAGCUCGAAGAGAAGCGACGCAUUGGCGAUGUCUGCUUCUUCCGCGCCAAAGAUGCAUCAGGCCAGGAGCGCGAGCUUUUCUUUGCUGGUUUGGAAGAAGGCACUGUCAAGGUCUUUGAUCUUGAUGCAAAGGUUGCACAGAAGGCAAAUGGCACAACAGCAGGUAAGGUGAAGGAGGGCAAGCACGCCGAAGCAGAGGAGUCGGAUGCGGAAAGUGAAGAUGAUCAAGAGGCAGAUGAGAGGGAGGAAUUGACACCGCUUGUUGAAGUGGGCAGGCUGGUGGGACACAAGAACCGAGUACGAUCGGUCGCUGUAUUGCCAGUCUCGAUACCAUCUCCUUCCAGCAAGGGCAAGCAAAAGGCCCAGGAUGCGGCCAAAUCGUACCUCGCCGUCACCAUCUCAUCGGAUGGAUUUAUCCGCACCUUCGAUCUCAGCCCCAUGAUCAAUCAGCUUUCUUCGGACGAGCACACGCUGGCAGAGUACACCGAAAAGAUGGUGUCGGUGGAGAGCAAUGCUCAAUUUGACACCAAGGGCACUCGACUCACGUGCUUGGCUGCAGUGGGCGUGGCAGGCAAUGCGGAUGAAGAAGACGAGGCUGAUGUCCUAGGCAGUGAUGAUGAAGAGGAUGCCGCUGGUCUGCGGGACGAGCAAGAGAGUGAAGACGACGAGGUGGACAUGGAGGCUGAAGAUGAAGAACUCAAAGCACUGGAACGGGCACUCAAAGAUGCUCAGGAGAAGGGACUAGAUCUGGAAGACCUCGAAGGCCUGCUGAAUGGCGACGAGAUCGAUGUGGCGGAGGAAGAGGACAAGGAUGACGAGGAGUUUGGCAGCGACGACGAUUAUGACCUCGAAGCUUAA